UCGGGGCCGCGGGACAGACGAGGGCCGCGGGACUCCGGGCUCAGUCAGAGGGAGCGGCCAUCUUCAAGCGGAUGCAGAGGCACGGGCCCGGGUAACCCAUGGCGUAACCGGAAGCGCUUCGCCCAGUGUAUCCCGCGGAAGUGCAGGGUGCCACGCGUGUUGGAGAGCUUGUUGUAGCGGCGACUCGGCUCGGGUGCGCCGGUGAAGUGCUGUUUUCUCCAAGGGCGGGAGUGUGGGGGCACGCCGCACGGUGAGGGAGACGAAGAUGCUAGCCGGGUAGCGGGCACCGCCGGAAUGCCGUCGCCGAACGCGGAUGACGGCGCCUCAGGCAGGGGCCCCGUUCGAUGGCGAAGGCCGUCGGCCCUGCUGCUGGCCUGGAUUACGUUCCUUCUGCAGAAUCGACGAGCGGCCGCACUUGAGCCGGUGCGGCUGCAGCCCCUGCACUUCCUGCGCUCGGUGGCGGCCGGGGACAACGUGCAAACCAUGUGCGCCGUGCAGAGCGGCGACGAGGUGGACUUCUCGUGGCGCAAGGACGGUCAGCCCCUGUCGGCCAGCGGCCACCGGCUCGUCAUCCACUCGCUGCCCACCACCUCCAUCCUGCUCAUCAAGAACGCCACCGUGUUCGACGCGGGAAACUACAGCUGCGUCGGCCGCAACGCGCUCGGCCAGGACAGCGUCACCGCGCAGCUCAGGGUCGAAGGCCAACCGCACUGGCUCAAGGAACCACCGAAAGAAGUCGUCGUAGCGCUCGGCGACUUGGCCACCCUCCGCUGUGACGUCAUAAGCUUUCCCCACGCGAGGGUCACGUGGUUCAGAAUAGGCGAAGGUAAGUUAUCUGCUAUUUGAUGUUUUACACUAAAGAAAAACAAACGGAGGUUGACCUUAAAUCACCCUCAUAAAUGCUUUGUAAUGAAGACAGCCACU